AAGCUGGAGAAAGCUGACAUCCUGGAGAUGACCGUUUGUUUCCUCAGACGACUACAGCAGCAGAAUCAAGCUGUGGACUCAGCAGCUGUCCAUCAGGGCUACUCCAGGUGUGUCCAAGAGGUGACACACUUCCUGUCCAAAGAGCAGCUAAAGACACAGUCCCAGAGAGGACUGCUGAACCACUUCAACAAGCUGCAGUCUUCCUCUGAUAAGAGCCUGAGAGAGGCUGACUUCUCUCCUCUGAGCUCCACAGUCCAGACCAGCAUCACCAAAGACAAGAGUCCAGUCAACAGCGUCCUCUGGAGGCCGUGGUAGACACCUACAGACUGGAGUCACCACCAGACAAACUGACACGACCAUAUUG